UUGUUUGUCCUUGUAUGUUAUGUACUUGUGUUGGUAAAAUUAAAUUAAUAAAUUAUUUAACAGCUUAAAAUCUUAUUAACUAACAGCCAUGAAGGCUGUUUUGAUUUUUGAUACUGUAAACGAUUUACUCUUUUCAAAAUGGGAUGACGACUUUAUACUUCGAAUGAAAUCUUUUAAUGGUCAGGAAAAAGAUGUAAACAUCAGUGAUAGUCAUCAUGUAUCACAGUUGCUGUCUCCAAUUAUUACAUCACAACGUGUGAUGGCAGCUCAAUUCAGUAACACAUAUACUUCUAUGCAAUGUAAGGAUAACACCACAAUUGUUUUCGAUGAGUGGUUGGACCAUGUGUUCAUGAUCAUCAGUGAGGAUGAUGUUGAUGAUUCACACCAAGAACUACUCGAUUGUAAAACUCUUGUGCAGCAUAUCUGCGGACAGAACAUUAACCUUUUACAUUCCUCUAUAUACCAGGAUUGGUUAUCAGUACUUCUAGAAAGCCGUGGGAAAGGUGACUCGAUUCCUGGUGCAAGUGGUGUGAUUGGUGAAUCUGGUGCAACGGGAGCGGCUCUUAAUGCUUUGAAAUCUGUUUCAAAAGAUAUCAAAUGUUCCCCAAAUCAACACUAUCAUCUGAUGUUGUUUGUGGGCGAUAAGAUGUUAGCGUUGUACUCAAGCCGUGGUUGUGAAGAUCUUAUGCCACCAGAUGUGAUACUUCUGAGUAUCCAGUGCAUAGCAGCUCAGGAAUAUUGGCAGGAAUUAAGGGACAUUAAUGAUGGUGAUCAUUGUGAAAAUGCUCAUAUACCUUGGCUAUCCGAGGAGAACAGUGCUAUAGUGAAUCUCUGCGCGGGUUCGACUGGGUCUCCUUGCGCUCCGCACUCCCUACAUCUCGCUGAAAUUGCACCCAGAAUUAUAUUUGCUGUUCUCAUUGAUAUGGAGUUAAGAGACAUUGGUAUUUCAGUCCACUUGUCUUGUCAUAUUUUAUCAAACUUGCGAAGACUGUUAUUGCAGAGAAACUUAGAAGUUUUACCAAGUACACUUGAUUCAUUGGAAGUUGCACUAAAAAAGACAACGGACGCUCUGCGUAAAAAUAAAACCAAUGCCACACUGUGCGCUCGAGUUACGAGCCGAAUGUUGGAACUGCGCAAGUCGUGCACCACCACGACUCCUCUUACACCGGAAACGACCGCCAUCGCCAUGCACACAGCCCUCGAAGCAGUCGUAGAACAACUCAAACCGGAUAUACCGAGUCUAAGACUGGAACCGUCAUUGAAAGAACUGAAGAACCUCCUAUCUCCGUACAUCGAGUUCCUCCGCGCUAAAGCGACGCGAUACUUCAGCUUGGUAUCUGGGGAGACGGUCCCGGGCGGCUCCCUCACGCACAAGUACGUGGAGGAGUUCCCCGGCCUCGUGCACUUCGUGUACGUGGACCGCCUCGCCGCGCGCUGCCUGGCGCCCGACAUGGCCGACUGCGUCGACAUGCUCACUCCCCACACGGUGCGCGCCACGGUGUCGCACGCGACGCGCGCGCUGCGCGAGGGCUACGGCGCGGCGGUGUGGCGCUGCGGCGCGCUGCACGUGUGCGCGGUGCGCUGGUUCGAGCGGCGCGGCGCCGCGCUGCGCCCCCCCGCGCCGCCGCACCCCGCCGCCGUGCGCGCGCUGCCGCCGCCCGCCGACAUCCGCGGCGUCUUCUACAGACAAUUGACAGAAUUAGCGUUCCCAAAUGACAGCCAAGGAGUGAGCGUUAAGGAGCUGAUCUGCAUCCACCUGGGCCUGCUGCCGGCCUCCACCGCCGUGCAGCAAGCGCGCCGACUGGCGCAUUCCGUCUACGAGCUGACCGGGGAAAACAUGACAUUUGCUUCCGAUUUACUUUAAAUUUUACUUUAAUUAUAACAACAUUUUCUUCCAAAAGCCCGUAAAA